AUGGAUGACUUGUUUCGACUUGCGAACAAAUAUUCAAUGCUCGAAGAUGACGUGCGGGCAACCACCCAGCAAGUCUUGGUUGCCGGACAGCCGUCCAAGGGUAGUACAGAAAGAAGUGUCAAACUUCCAAACAGGCCAAAGCCAUCCGAUCGAAGGCAGGAAGGGCCAAGUCGCCCGGAGAUGCCACCCCUCACACCCCUUUCCAUAACUUAUGAAAAGCUUCUCCCUAUGAUCCAAGGCAUGUCCGAUCUCAGGUGGCCUAGACCCCUCGAAUCGGACCCGUCCAGAAUGGAUCAUAACAAAAAAUGCGCCUACCACAAGGAGCAUGACCACACAACGGAGACAUGCAGAAGCCUCCAGUAUUUGGUAGAAAGGCUUAUAAAGGCGGGACACUUGAGGCAAUACCUCCGCUCAGACGUCGGAGGUAGAGGUGCUUCCCAAAAUCACAACUCUGGAACCCCCACGGGUCCAACCGCCCCCAAAGUCGUCAUUAACUACAUCAAUGGAGGCCCAUCGGAUGAGGAGCUCAACUCCAAACGAAAAAGACAGAAAUUGUUACGGGAAGCAAUGGUGCGUGAGCGUGUCAACUCCAUCCGGCCUGGGAUAACCAAAGGGGGCCCUCGCCCCAUAAACGGGACAAUCACUUUCCCACCAAUAGACCCCACACGGAUAUUGCGUUCGCACCGUGAUGCUCUCAUUCUAUCCUUGGGGAUUGACAAAUUCGACGUAAGACGCAUCUUAAUUGACCCAGGCAGCUCAGCCGAUCUGGUACAAGCAUCGGUCAUAAGCCACAUGGGACACAAUUUAGUUGGUCUCGAAAACCCUGGAAGAAUCUUGUCCGGAUUCAACGGGGCAUCAACUAUUUCCUUGGGAGACAUUGUGCUGCCAAUCCAAGCUGGCCCAAUCACUCUCAACGUUCAGUUUUCGAUGGUACAAGAUUUAUCACCCUUUAACGUUAUCUUGGGGUGCACAUGGCUGCACUGCAUGAAAGUCAUCCCCUCCACGUAUCAUCAGAUGGUAAGCUUUCUUACUGAGGAUGGGCAAAUCAACCUGUACGGAAGCCAGUUAGCCGCUCGCCAAUGCUACCAGAUAGCAAGAGAAGCAGGGACCAGUCAGGAGGAUAAGUCCCUCCCUGAGUCCACCCACGCACUUGAUCAAUAG